CUUCCCCACACUCGGGACAGAGGAUCGGGCGGCGUCCAGGUACACGAGCGUGUGCUGCCGCUUCUUUGCUCUGCUCGUCACUCUCUUUCUCAUCUACUCUGGCCCUCAUCUACUUGAUCCAUUGCUCUUCUCCAAACACAGCGAUCGAGAUUCUUGGCGCACUGCGAUUCAAUCAAGGCCAUGGUGCUCCAACGGAUAGGCUCAACCUCCCUUGUCGGGCCCGUACAGGGCGCCGCCAAGACGAUGCGAUCGACGAUGAGCAGGCGGACAAUCGUGACCAAGGCGAGCGGCCAAAGACAUCUACAGCAGGUCUCUUUUGGUCGAAGGUACAAUAGCUCCUCCUCGUCAUCGUCAUCCUCCACAAAGAGCGGACAGGAUGGCAGCACCGGGGGAGAUAAACUCACAAUGGCCUCGUAUGGCUUCCUCUUUGGCUGCGUUUUCUCCGUUGGGGCGUUCUAUCUGCGCAGUCCAACAAAGAAGUCGAUCGCUCCCUCUUCUGCCUCGUCUCCGACUUCUCCAUCAUCAGCGUCCUCUUCCAUCGACGCAGCCAUCUCCAAUCUUCGCACCCACUUUGGGGAUCGCGCGUCCAUCUGCCUCUCCACAGACGCCACCGACCUCGAGUCGAAAGGCUUCUCUUCGUGGUGCCAGCAUGCCGCCUCUCUUCCCUCUGUCGUCGCCUUUCCAGAAUCAACGGACGACGUGGUCGCAAUAGUGAACGCGGCUCGCAACCACGGCGUACCGCUGUUGCCCUUUGCAGGCGGGACGAGCCUCGAGGCACAUUGGUAUGCUCCUCGUUUCGAGGGGGAGGGAGAGAGUGGGGAGACACGGCCUAGUAUAAGCGUGUGCUUUGAGCGUAUGGCCGAAAUCCUCGAGGUGGACGAGGAAAAUGGCAUGGCUCGUGUUCAGCCCGGCGUGGGAUGGCAAGACCUCAACGAAGAAUUGAAGGAACGAGGAUCGCGCCUCUUUUGGCCGAUCGACCCAGGGCCGGGCGCCUGCUUUGGCGGGAUGCUAGCCACCGGUGGCAGUGGGACAGGAGCUGUGCGGUAUGGGACGAUGAAGGGAGAGCUGGUGCUCAAUGUCACCGUGGUUCUUCCGUCGGGGAAGGUCAUCAAGACGCGAUCCGACGCUAGAAAGUCGAGCGCCGGGCCUGACCUGACACGUUUGUUCCUGGGGAGCGAGGGUACAUUGGGAGUAAUCACAGAGGCGACGCUUAGGCUCGUACCCCGCCUAGAGGAAAGCGUCACGACCGUGUCCUUUCCUACGGUGGAAGACGCCUCCAAGGCGGCACGUGCAGUACUCUACAAGGGCAUCGCUGUCUCCAGCGUCGAGCUCCUGGACGAGGUCAUGAUUCGCUCCAUCAAUCAAGCGUCCUCCCAGACUGGCUCGUCGUCUCGUCAGCCCCUCGCCGAACAGCCGUCUCUCUUCCUCAAGUUCGCAGGCUCCUCGCCCGCGAACGUCAAGGAGGAUCAACGCAUGGCCCGCGAAGUUGUGCUGGAACAUAAAGCCGACCCGGCUACUUUGCGCAUCUCUUCGAGUCCGCAAGAGGUCGAGGAGCUAUGGGAGGCGCGUAAGGUUGCGCUAUGGUCGGCAAUGGCUUCGCGCGAGGGAAAAGAAGAAGGCAAGGGCCAGCCGAGGGCAUGGACGACCGAUGUAUGCGUACCAGUUGCCCGCCUGCCUGACCUCGUGAGAAGACUCAAGGCGGACGUGGCGGAGCAUGGCCUCUUCGCACCCAUAGUGGGUCACGUAGGCGACGGCAACGUGCAUGCUAUCUUCGUCUACCCUGAUGGAGACUCAGAGGAGCUGGCUGCAGUGACCGAGAGCGUGCAUCGCAUGGUCGAAUGGGCUCAGCAGCUUGGUGGGACGUGUACGGGGGAGCACGGUGUGGGUAGAGGGAAGAGGGAGUUCUUGGAGGCAGAGCUGGGAAGCGGGACACUGGGGCUACUGCGAGAGAUCAAAGGGUUGAUCGAUCCAGAGGGGGUUAUGAAUCCCGGGGCUUUGCUGCCGCCCAAGGGGAGUGAGAGGAGAGGGGAGCAAGGGAGUCCGUUGGCGAAGCAUGCCACGUGAAGGAGGGUGAGCGUCUACAAUUCUACGUGGUAUCCCGCAGCCUGCU